AUGCUUCUGGAUAAUGUCUCUCUCCCAAAUACAUGGGUGAUUGUGAUUCUGACUGGACUGUUGUUUCUUCUGAGUCGCUAUGUGUCGCCCUCCGUCGAUUCGCUGGAGCCGCCGUUGCUGAAGCCUCGAGUUCCGCUGGUAGGACACAUCAUCUCAAUGUUCAGCCAGGGCGGUGGGUUCUAUGUUCGACUAUUUAAAGAUCGCAAGACGCCCAUCUGCACCCUUCCCAUGCUGAACGGCAAGGUCUACGUCAUCAACUCCCCAGAUCUCAUCCAAUCAGCCUUGAAAAACAAUGACAUAUCCUUCGAUCCGUUUCUCGUUGAAUUCUCUAAAGCCAUGUGGGGUUUGAGUCAGAAUGCAGGAGAUCUCAUCUCCAACAAGGUCUACCUCAAGACGGGGCUAUCGAUUAUCCAAUCUACCCUCAUGGGUGAACCAUUGCACAGACUUAAUCUCAGUGCUUUGACAAGACUAAUGACGUAUCUUAAUCCUAUUCGACCUGGAGAGGAACUGGAUGCGCCUGACGUGUUUAUCUGGCUUCGAGACAUCUUGACGGAUGCAACUGCGACAGCUCUCUUCGGGGUGAAGAAUCCGUUGACAGUGGAUAAAGCGCAUCUCAUGUGGGCGUUUGAUAAGCAAUCCAUGUUUGUAGCAUUGGGGGUUCCAAGCUUCAUAACCAAAAAGGCAGUCGAGGCAAGAAGAGAGAUCAACAAGCUCCUUCUAGACUACUAUGAAUCCAAAGGCGAGCUUGAAGACGGUGUAUCUGACAUCAUACGUGACAGGGCCAAGUUUCUUCGUAGCACUGGCUUUACAGAUGAUGACCUAGCUCAUAUGGAAAUGCUGCUGCCUUGGGUUGGAGUUACUAACACUGCGCCCACUUUGUUCUGGCUGUUUGUGCACGUCUUGACGAACACGGAGUAUCUAUCUCACAUCCGAGCUGAGGUUGAGGAUAUCACUGUUGUUACAGACGGGCCCGAGGGAAAGACAGCAACAUUUGAUGUCAGAAAACUUGAGAAAUGCUGCCCCUUCCUCCACGCCUGCUAUCAAGAAUCUCUACGUCUGUAUCUUCAUUCCAUCGGAAACAGACGUGUCAUGGAAGAUACCAAGGUCCAAGACGCACAGGGUCGCGGUUAUCUGCUCAAGAAGGGGUUCAAUAUCCAAUGGGCACCGUCAGUAACUCACUUCAUCGACGAAAUUUGGGGCCCAGACGCGAAUACCUUCAAGCCAGAGCGCUUUCUAGAUGUAUCAAUACAAGAUGAGAAAAAGCGAAGAGGAUCAUUGCUAUCUUUCGGAGGCGGAAAGCACCUCUGUCCUGGACGCAAGUUUGCGUUUACGGAAAUAUUAGGGUUCGUUGGUGUUGUUGCGCUAAGCUUUGAAGCCGAGGGACUGAGUCUGCCAAAGUCGAGGGAUCCUGGUGUUGGAGUUGGCCCGAGAAUGCCGGACUGGGGAGGAAUGGAUCCUGGGUUUACGUUGAAGAGGAGGGAAGGUUGGGAAGAUGCCACUUGGGUAUUUCAGGAGUAA